AGAGAAUGUAACGGAUUUUUGCAAAUCUUUUGAUAAAAAUCUCGUUUUGGGAUGGGCUUUUCUCUCCAACUCCCAAUUCCAUCUGGCCAUUGUCUGCCCUAGUCUCGCCAUUUAGGGACAAAGGAGGUUUUUGUGGAGUUUUCUUGUGUCGUCCCUGAGUUUUUCCACGCAUAUUACGUGGAAAAUUACGUGUUUGUGAUUGUUAAAAGUGUUUCCAAGUGUAAAAUGCUAUUUCCCACGUGGGAUGAUAAGUUUGAUUACCCAGCUGAGGGGGAUUCCUUCAUUCACCAUCCGGUGAAAGUGCUUCCCAUCCACGUGAGGGAGAAUUUGGCCAGAAUUCUCGAUUCCACGUGCAAAUUAAAAGUACUUUAUGGGUACUUUAAAUUGAUGUAUACGUACACACGGUGUGGACUGACUCCAGGAUCAUACUUGAUGAUGAGACUCUGUGAUUCCGAUUGUACGAUAACGGAUCUUUUCGUUUAUCUGGCCAGAGUCAAGUGCGUAAGAGGUAUGCUCCCACUAAAAGAGUAUGUGGAUGAAAAGUAUCAGAUCCUCCUAGAAGAAUCCACCGAUCUCAAGAUUUUCCUCAAGAAACUAUCCCUGCAACUGGAGUAUGACUACCGCAAGAACUACCUACCGGCAAAUGGGGCCGUAGAACGAGGAGCAAUCCGCCCGAUUGAUAUCUGUGACUACAUUUACAGCGUUGAUACCACGAUACUCAUGUCCUAUCGCACCAUUGAGAAAUUAACGGAUAAAUUUAAACCUUCCCUAAUUGUCCAGAAAGGUACCUUCAACACCCACUACAAAGCAGAAGUGCGUGGAAAGAAGUUGCUGAUUAAAAAAUUCCACUUUUGCCAAUUAGGGCACUUUGAGAUCAAUACGCAUCAAUUGGAGAUGGCCCUCAAAGACAUAAAGUACAUGCAGAUCUAUCGACAUGAGAAUGUCCUGAGACUCUGGGGAUUUGGCUUUCAGGCAGAUGAGAUGUGCUUAGUUUACACAUAUGCCUUGCAAUACAGCCUAUACUACCACAUCAACAUGAUCUAUCCGGUGGAGAAUCCCUUACCCUUUUACCGAAGAUUCUUCAUUUGUCGUGGAAUUGCCAAGGGAAUCAACUAUUUGCACACCCACCGAGAUCUCCCGCUCAUUCAUCUCAAUAUCCGCCCACACAAUAUUUUACUAGACAUCGACCUAACGCCUAAGAUUGCCAACUUCAGCCUAGCCAGGGAAGGACCUCUGCCACGCGAUCCGCCCAUGCCAACAGAUAAUCUCUACGAAAUUAUCGCCUAUUACCCCAUGGAAUACAUCUUCUGGCCCCACUAUGUCUCCACAAAACUCGAUAUCUACAGCUUUGGGGUAACGGUUAUGCAGCUACUCGCUUGCCAAGUUGAGGAUGAUCCCGAUGGCAGACAUAUUCGCAACUAUAUCCACAAUCUCAUCAAUCGCGAUCGAUCAGUAGAGCACGUGAUUGAUAUGAGGGACCGACCCGAUCCUACGGCCAGAGCCAUUGCUGUCCGAAUAAUAUAUAUGGCCUACCUCUGCACAAAGCACAAUUAUAGCCUGAGGCCCGAAAUGAAGAGCAUCUACACACGUCUUCGGCAAAUGUUUUAAAAGAAAAGAAGCCCCUCCCAUCGCUUGAUUGUGCGACUUAAAAAAAUGUAUUGUAAAAUUAAUGGUUUUCAUUUUGAGGCUGGAAAUAUUUUGAAUCAAAUAUGUAAUAAAAAAUAUAUUUGAGGUGCUCUAAAAUUUGAAAAGAAACGACUGAAUAAAUGUAAACUUAAGUGCAAAGAAAAUAAAAA